CGUCCGCUCGUGAGUCACACAGUCUACGGUCGUGACCGAGGCAGCAGAGGACACCUCCCGGAGUGAAAACACCUCAGCAAGUCGCCUGAAGACCCAAAAACAAAAUACAAUAUGCCAGCAGACAUUAACAAAGGCAAGAAAGCAUUUGUCCAGAAGUGUGCCCAGUGCCAUACUGUGGAGAAUGGUGGAAAGCACAAGGUUGGACCCAACCUUUGGGGUCUGUUCGGCCGCAAAACAGGCCAGGCAGACGGCUACUCCUACACUGAUGCCAACAAAAGCAAAGGUAUCGUCUGGGAGGAGGACACCCUGAUGGUUUAUUUGGAAAACCCCAAGAAAUACAUCCCAGGAACAAAGAUGAUCUUCGCCGGCAUCAAAAAGAAGAAUGAGCGUACCGACCUCAUAGCAUAUCUCAAGUCUGCGACUUCAUAAAGAACUCUACUUUGUCACACGAUGCUGUCUAUGUUGUGUCAGGACAAACUGCUCAAGAUGCCAGGACUUAUCAUUCUUUCAAAAUCAGGGAGAGCAGCCAGCAGUCUGAGAGAUGUUGGCACUCGUGGCCAAUCUUUGUCACCAUUGUACCUCUGUUCUCUGAUAAUGCACUGCUGACGUGGAGCAAACUAUAUCCCCUGGUUUUAACAGGUUCUUUUUCUAACAUAAAUUAUCAAACCAUAUACUGUUGUAUUCUGAAUGUAGGGACUGAACGCUGUGUAUUAAGUUCGCUGAUUGACUGUCAUCUAGUUUUUUCUCCAUAGUUCCAUAGAUUGUACUGAAAUUGGUCUUAAUAUUUGUUUUCAAGAAUAAUAAUGCCUGUCUGUUUAGGAUUUCCUCUACAGUCUUUUAUUGUGUCCAUUUUGAAUAUUCAAGUUGAAUAAACGUAAGACUAAAAGUU